CAUCGUGACGUUGGGACUUCCGCGUCGUCAUCCUCUGCGUCGCUGGCUGAGGAUGAAGUGAGCGAUCGGUCGCCGAGGGCCGGACUCUCUGACCCCGCCGGAGCUCACGCGCCAACGUACGCGCGCCCCCCCCCGGCGUUUUUGUGUGGUCAGAAGCUGUGGACGUGUUCGCGAAGAGCGGAGCGGCGGAGUGACCUUGUUUACGCACAGGCGGAAGCUAAUGCUAGCCAAUGCUAACGAUAGCCUCUGGGAGUUAGCGGCUAAGGACGCAGCCAGCUAAACCGAAGAGACCGCUAACUGUCGCCUUAAACUCGGAUGUGUUCUGUUUGUGCACGCGGUCGAACAGUCCUUGAGGGCGACACGAGGCGGGACCAUGCUGGCGCGUCUGUUCAGGCUCCACGGCCUGCUGGUGGCCUCCCACCCGUGGGAGGUGAUCGUGGGCACCCUGGCCCUCACCGUCUGCCUGGUGUCGAUGAACCACAACCUGGCAGCCAGCAGCCAGAUGUGCAGCUGGAACGAGUGCCCCAAAGUCGAGGAGAAAGUCCACAGCAGCGGCGAAAUCAUCCUCACCGUCACUCGCUGCAUGGCCAUCGUUUACAUCUAUUUCCAGUUCAAGAAUCUGCGGCAGCUGGGCUCCAAAUAUAUUCUGGGUAUUGCAGGAUUGUUCACGGGGUUUUCGAGCUUCAUUUUCAGCACAGUGGUGAUCCACUUCUUUGGGAAAGAGCUGACGGGACUUAAUGAAGCUCUGCCGUUCUUCCUCCUGCUCAUUGACCUGUCCAAAGCCUGUGCGUUGGCCAAGUUCGCCCUGAGCUCAAACUCUCAGGAGGAGGUGAGGGAGAACAUCUCUGAGGGCAUGGCCAUCCUGGGCCCCACCUUCACCCUGGACGCCGUGGUGGAGUGUCUGGUCAUCGGGGUUGGCACCGUGUCGGGCGUGCCCCAGUUGGAGAUCAUGUGUUGUUUCGGCUGCAUGUCCGUCCUGGCCAAUUACUUUGUCUUCAUGACCUUCUUCCCUGCGUGCGUGUCCCUCGUCCUGGAGUUGUCCAGGGAGAGUCGCGAGGGACGUCCAAUCUGGCAGCUGAGCCACUUUGCCCGUGUGCUGGCUGAGGAGGAGGACAACAAGCCCAAUCCGGUGACCCAGAGGGUUAAAAUCAUCAUGUCUCUGAGCCUGGCCCUGGUUCACGCUCACACUCGACUAGCAGCCGAGCAGCCGGGUCAGAACCGCUCGGCCGAGGGGCUCCAACGCUAUGAGAUGUCCUCUGGUGGAACCAUGAGGCCCCUGAAGCUCACCAGCAUGCACCUGGAGCAGGUGAUAACUCUCGGCCUCGCUCUGCUCCUGGCCGUGAAGUACGUCUUCUUCGAGCAGACGGAGACGGAGUCCUCGCUGUCCCUCAUGAGUCCCAUCACCAGCUCUCCUGCCACCCAGAGGCCCGGCGUGGAGGGGGACGUCCGCAGGUGGGAACCGCCGGCCCCGAAACCCCGGGCGACCGCCGGCGCCGCCUCCGGCCGCGGGGGCCCCCCCGAGGCCGACGCGGCUUCCAGCGAGAGGGCGGCCCCCCCGGAGAGCGGCCCCCGCGCUCCUUGUUUUGAGGAGUCUCUCGCUCAGACCCCUGAAGGCAGGCGGGCUCCCGAGGCGCGGCCGCUGGAGGAGUGCGUGGCCAUCCUCUCGGAUCCUCAGAGGGGGCCUCGGCUUCUCAGCGACAAAGAGGUGAUGAACCUGGUGUCCUCGCGCAACAUCCUCAACUACAAACUGGAAUCGGUCCUGGAGACUCCGGAGAGGGGCGUGGCCAUCCGGAGGGACAUGCUGUCCCCCAAACUGCCUGUUCUCUCUGCUUUGGCUUCUCUUCCUUACAAGGAAUACGACUACUCUAAGGUGAUGGGAACCUGCUGUGAGAAUGUCAUUGGUUACAUCCCGGUGCCAGUGGGCGUGGCCGGUCCCCUCCUCUUGGACGAGAAGCAUUUUUACGUUCCCAUGGCGACCACAGAGGGUUGCCUGGUGGCCAGCACCAACAGAGGAUGCAGGGCGCUCUCUCUGAGCGGGGGCUGCCACAGCAGGAUCCUGGCUGACAGCAUGACCCGGGGCCCUGUGGUGAGGCUGCCCUCGGCCUGCCGGGCGGCGGAGGUCAAAGUCUGGCUGGAGACCCCGGAGGGGUUCGCUGCCAUGCGAGAUGUUUUCGACCAGAGCAGCAGGUUUGCCCGCCUGGAGAAGCUGCUGGUGGGCUUAGCGGGGAGGAAUCUGUACAUCCGCUUCCAGUCUCAGACAGGGGACGCCAUGGGCAUGAACAUGCUCUCCAAGGGGACGGAGCACGCUCUGCAAAGACUCACACAGCAGCAUCCAGAUGUGGAGGUGCUCUCGGUCAGCGGAAACUAUUGCACCGACAAGAAGUCCGCAGCCAUCAACUGGGUCCUGGGUCGGGGAAAGUCCGCCGUGUGCGAGGCCACCGUCCCUGCCGCCGUGGUCCGGGAGGUGUUGAAAAGCAGCACCGCUUCUCUGGUGGAGCUGAACAUCAACAAGAACCUGGUGGGCUCGGCGAUGGCCGGCAGCAUCGGGGGCUUUAAUGCUCACGCUGCCAACAUAGUAGCAGCCAUCUACAUCGCCUGUGGACAGGACCCGGCUCAGACGGUGGGGAGCUCCAACUGCAUCACCCAGAUGGAGGCUGCGGGGGCGGGAGGAGAGGACCUGUACAUCAGCUGCACCAUGCCCUCCAUAGAGCUGGGCACGGUGGGGGGCGGCACCAACCUGGCGCCGCAGCAGGCCUGUCUGCAGAUGCUGGGGGUCCAGGGCACCAGCGCCGGCGAGCCGGGUGACAACGCCCGCCAGCUGGCCCGCGUGGUUUGUGCCACGGUGCUGGCCGGGGAGCUGUCCCUGAUGGCCGCCCUGGCAGCCGGACACCUCGUCAAGAGCCACAUGGUCCACAACAGAUCCAAAACGAACCUCUCAGAAACACUUUCGCCGGCGUGACGUCGCCUGUGGGCCGUCGGGGCCGGACGUCCCCGCGCCGUUAUGUUACCAUUGGAGUGUUUUUGCUCUGAUAAAUGGAUCUCUGCUCGUUGAGACGCGCCCGUGUUUCCUAAAAGCCGACCCGCUGGCUGAAUGUCGCUGCUCAUUGAAGCUCCGUAUACCGUGUAUACUGCACAUGAAGACAGACACUGACUGCUGACAAAUAGAAACUCAAAGCCAUACUUAAUGUAAUAAAGUGGCGUGCCAUUAAAUGUUUUUUUGGAAGCUUUGUGGCCUUUUAGUUUGUCGAAGUUGAACCGUUUCAUGUUCUAGAAUAUUCAAUUUCAAGCCUUUUCAAAGAUUGUAUUUUUUUCUUUUUAAUAAAUCAACGAGCAUCUCGAUAUCUAA